UCAUACCAGAAAUAACCAUCGAUCGGAAAGUAGGUGUCUGUCAAUAUCAAACCGCUUCGAACAAUCCGAUCUGUCAUACCUAAUUCCGAUACGAACGAAUCAAGAAGAUUGAUUGAUCGGAUCAACGUCCUCCUCCUCCUUAAAACAAAUCCUCGUGGGUAGCGGCAAGGACGAUGAGAUCAUGGAUAUUUGGCAAUAAGGGCGGCAACAAGGAAGAUGAAAAGGAGACUUCAGGCAACUCUUCUGCAAUUGAGUCAACUGGUAUUGGUUCUACUCGUAUCAAUCAAACUUUAUCUUCUGAUGGGGCGGAACCGCAGACGAGGUGAGUAUUGGUGAAUAAAUGUUUAUGCCGAUUUUUGUAUUUUGUCUUCCCAUAAUUUAGACGUCGGGCAGGAUGUAGGGAAGCAAUGACAAGCGGACUCGAUGCUAACAUUUAUAACAUUGGGUUGUUCAUAAAUUGCGAAUGCGUUCUUUUCUUCUUGUUAAUAUAUUUGUAUUGCAAAUCUGAAGUCGAGGGUUUUUCCGAGGAAUUGGAAAACAAGAUGCUGAAAUUGAUCGCAGGGUAUCCCUAUCAGCACGUAACCUCUGCAACGGUGUUCAAAGAAUCGUCAUGGCUGCAAAGGGGAAGUCGGGAAUGGAAUGGAAGUCCGAACUACUAACUCUCUUGGGAGGAUCCGAUGAAGAGCCCGAGAAAAUACCUGGGGACAACAACAGCGGUGGCGAUGUUGGUGGUGAUUCUUCUGCUACAACGCAUUGCGAUAUGGAUGUUUUAUUAGCAGCACCAAAGACGGAGAAGUAUCUCAUGCGCUGUCUAGAAAAUGAACUUCCGCCGAAUAUGAUACACUGUUUGCGAUUGCUGCGCGUCUUGGAACUACAGCAUGCUGCAGAAACGUACAAAGAAUACGAAGCCCAAGGAAAGGUGGAUCAACCAAUAAAACCAAUCUCGAGUCGAGCAACUGCAAAGGUUAGCCAAUUGCUUUGCAACUUGUGUACAAAUCCAUCUGUAGGGGAACAACUUCGGUUACAUCUGUUUGGAUUGCUGGCGCUAUCGGGUGCAUCCUACCCAUCGUCAGGUGUUCAUGUUGCGAGGGCCGCGUCGCAAGUCAUUAUCGCCUUCGCUCAAAACUGUUUGUCCAAUAGUUUGGUGCUAUUCCUUCACGAUCGAAAGAUGAUUAUUCACAUGACAGAUGACAUUAAAGAGUUGUGCGCGACAAAAGGUGACAGCGAGAAUGCAAGCGUAGGAGAACAUAGCGUUAGCAGCAGCAGUAACAACAACUUUUUGAGUUUAUACGGUUCGGAUGCCGAAGAAGCUGGUUUAUGGGCAAUCUCGUUAUCGACAGUUGUGAAUCUAGUAUACUAUUCGUGUCGACACGACUGCAAGGAACUUCUAAAUGAUUUUGAUUCGGCAAAUGGUUACCAGGUAUUGAAAGGGGCGAUUCUUCAGUCCAAAUCCAUGCACGGAAAAAAACUAAUGGAACUACUUCCAUUGUUAGGGACCUGCCAAAGAUCUACCGCAAUUGAGGACAAGAAAAAUAAUGAGAUCGCGGGCAAUCCCGAGGAUUCGAAGGAGGGCCAAAACACGUCAAUAUUCACUAUCUUCGAGGAAAUAGCUUACGAGUCUGUUCCCUUGCUGAAGUUGUACGUCGAAGAAAACGAUGGGUUGAAACCCGAAAUUACAAACGAUGAAAAAUGCCUGGGAGACUUGACAAAUUAUUCCCUUGAAGUUGCGAAGAAAUGUAGAUUUCAAUCUCUUGAAUCCCCUCUCGAAAUAGAGGCCGAGACGCCAAAAUCUUUUGAUAUCGUCACCGAUCUUUUGCUUUCAGCUUUGCAGCUGUAUUCAGACCAUGUCAAAAAUUACGACUUGCUAGAAGAAGAAUGUCAUUUUUUGACCCUUUACAUAAUAGCCUUCCCAACAUUCGAAGAAGAAAAUCUCAAGAUUUUGAUUUUGAAAACAAUAGAAUUCGUUGUGACGGGUGUCACAGGAUCCAAGGCAUUGCAACCGUUCAGCGUGUUGAGUGAAGUGUUCGUUGGAAUAUGCAGGAGCCUAUUAGAAGAGUCGCUCAAGAGCAAUGCGAAUGAAAAGUUGAAAGGCAAAAUCCUGAAAGGAUUAUUUACAGAUACAGACCUUAUCAAUGAGUCACUGGAAAAAAUAUUUAGGUUUGACGGAAAAGUUGGUCCACAAAUAAUGCAAUCUGGAAGAAUAACAAGUAUGGUGGACAGAAUAGCAGACAUGCUGACAUCAGAAUUGAACACUCAUAAAGACUCAUGGCAAACUACUUUCGAAGACAAGGAAGGCAACCUUUUCAUAGAACCUCCCAUUACAACUCCGUUCGAUACAGUAUGCGCUGCGAUUUUGAGAGUAUUUGCAUUAGUCAUGGGAUUCCAAGCGAAACGAGGCGCUUCUUUAUUGACGGUUUGUAACGACAAAGAACAAGAACGGGGUAUAAGCUAUCUCUUGAUGGCGUCCAUAAAAGAGCUUGGAGACGAAUCUGUCAUUGCAGCAUUGAGUGUAUUCCAAGCAAUUAUAGCCUCUCGAGAGAAUUUGCACCUUCUUGUUCUCGACAUGGAAUACUGUCUCAAGACCAUUGAUUAUUUCACGAAUAUGACUUCAAAAUCAUGCGGUAUACCCGAGGCAGCAAAGAAAAUUCUGUCGAAGAAAAAGCUUGAUAAAUCCACCGUAGACGAGAUCAAAUUUGCUCCUACACGCAAAUUGAAUGCAGUUGUCUUACAACGAAUAUCCUGGAUAUGCACGACGUUAAAACAUGCGCUAGAAUCUAGCAGUUUGGCGAGGGAAGCUUUCCGCCUAACCGACGGGUUCAAUACAAUUUUGAACGUUGUGUUGUCCCUCGGUGGGUGUGCAGAUCAUUGUAAGGAUUCGAAGGAGACAUCUACAUUAUUAGAUCUCUUCCGCCAUCUGUUAUCACUGGUUGAUACAUCCAUUGGUUUUACUGGUCGGAAAGAGGUGAAAGACAUGGAGUUUGGAGCUUUGAUACCAAUUACUUUACCACCAUAUACGUUGGUAGAUCCAGUAUCUUCACAGCAUGGACCAUGCAGCUCAUCUACAUCCAAUUUAUAUCAUCUGCGAUUGAAAUCAUUCUACUUGGAUUUUGCAAUUGCAAUCUCACAAACAAGAAUCAUGAAAGCUUCGGGGAAUGCCGUUCAAAUACUUGAACUCGCCAUGUCUCACAUGGAUCCAUCAUUCAAUCUGACGAAGGUUGAUGUAGAAAAGAGCAACAAGGUCCAAAUGAUGCGAAAUCCUGAUGCAGCCAGACUCGUUCUAGGAUUGGUGUUGUUUUUGCCAGAGAAUAAGGAAGGGGAUAAACUCGCCAAACGAGCAUUUGAUCAAAUCAUCCGACUCUGUGACCCCAGCCGUGUUGGAACCACUCUUCCACAAAUCGCGAAAUGUGGUAUGGUAUGGAGCAUAACGAAUCCAAAAGAAUUUGGGCCGAUACUUGAUGACACUUCUCACCGUCUCUACCCGCGAUUCACACUUCUACUAAGACGAAUUGCAGCAUUCAGUAUGUCACAUAGUGAUUUUGUUUCCGUUUUCCGUGGGAUAGCAGGUCCUCUACUAAGAGACGAGAGAACGGAUUCGAAAAUUCGUCUCCCAGUGAUAAGCUCUUCUAUUCGACAACGGAUAACAAAAAAGAACGACGUGAUUGAUCCAGAGUCGUUUGAAGAGAAAGAAACCGAUUUCUGUCGGAGACUUGAAUCUUUAUGUGCCAUAGCUGAAAGAGGCCAAAGAGUUCCAUUCUGUACAAUGGGCGGAGACACAAUCAACACGCUCUCAAUUCUACUGCACAAGACUAAGGUCGAAGAUAGACUAUAUAAGGCCUCAGAAGCGGGAAGACUAAAUUUCCUCGAGGUGGAUUGUCUUGAUUUAUCAUCACUGAAGCCAGGGGGUUUUCUGUCGGCUGGUGUAGCUGCUCCUGGUUCUUCCGGUGGGGAAAGGAUUUGGACUCCUAUGAGUACUACGGGAUUCUCCUUCUCGAUGUGGUUUAAAUAUUCUAGGCCUAUAGAUGACACACGAGAAGGAAACAUAUAUUUAUUCGAUGUAUCAAAUCCAACUGUUUCAACAAGUGAUGGAACUCAUACACCUCAAAGUGCAGUUUUUCUCUCCGUUUGGUAUGAUGCAUUAGCUCAGCAAUUCAAUGUUGUGUCUUCUUCUUCAACAAAAGGUGAACCUUUGUGUUUUCCGGUGUCUCCCCUUGUUCCUGGGGUGUGGCACCAUGUUCUACUGACGUACACCCCCACGAAGAGAACGAUGAUGGGGAGAAAAUCACUUGUUGCAAUGUAUGUUGACGGGCGACCCCUGGAAGCAGAGAUGAAAAUUGAAAGUAUCAACAUUGCCCCUAAUGCCCGCGUUUUGAUUGGUGCUCCAAAUGCUGUGAUUGCAGCCAGUGGAAUGAUCCGUGGAAUGAUCCUAAACUGGGAGCUUGGGCCAACUCUUUUGUUGUCCACUGUCCUUAUGGAACUUGACGCGACUGCUAUAUUUAUCUACGGUCCAGAUUUUGAAGGUCUGUUUUGGGGUGAUCGACCUCAACGACUUUCAUUGUCAGCAACGGGUACUUCCGCUUUUGCGUUGCUAUCUGAGACUGGGGAACCUGGUAGUGUUGCAAGCGCUCUUCGAAGACGAGAUAUUGCGAGGCUGGAGGCCGCGGGAACUAUAUCCCGAGAAAUGGGAGUAAACAGAUCCGGUGACGACGACAAUGAUUCACUUGGAUCGCUUGGGCUGUUGUGCACCAUCCCUCCUGAUUGCGUGGUCUUUGCCUAUCGAGCUAGUACUACAAACCAAAAUUCAAUAAGGGAAUCUCGCGAAUCUUCCUCUCUCAGGAAGAGAAAUACGAUCGGAAAGUUGGUAAAUCUAGCACGUAUAAACAAUGGGAACGACUGCAUUUCGACAGACGCCUCCCUUUUUGGCAAAGCAGGUGCUGUAAAUCCUCGUUGUUUUGAAGACAACAUACAAUGGGCAGGGGGGCCUGAGGUUUUGAUGCCGCUAGUCUACGCUGCACCAUCAGCUCGGAGUUUGGCGCUCACUUUACGUCUUUUUAGAGCGAGUACCAAUCGCCAUCCUCCGAAUCUUGAGGCAAUGCAGGGAGGUGGUGGAUUCCAGGUUCUUGCUAUUUUGAUCCAAGGAAAGAAGUUUGUUGACAUCAAGAUCAUUGAACAAGCUUUUGCUUUUGCUGUUCAUGGCUUCGUCCCUCCUUCUGCUGAUAGUAGCCCAUCAAGUCCUGCAAUUCUGCAAAUCCCCAUCGCUACAAAUUGGGUUUUUUCAGAUCUUGACGCAAUGAAACAACUUCUUCUCAAUCAUCAAGUAUGGGAUUUAAAGAACACUCAUCCUGAUCUGCCGUUGCGAUUAAUAACGUUGGUGAAUGGUCUAGUCGGACAAAAAUCAAUGCAUAAGGCUUUUAAUUCUCGUCGUUUACAUUUGGUUGGAAUAAUCCGAUGGACACUCCACUUGAUGGUUGAAGCCGCUGAACUAUACUCUGCAGGUGAAAUUGCCUCUCAGACUUUGAAGAAAACAACGUCAAGCUCCGACGAUGAGCUUGACCUUGAUGAUACACCGAAGACCCUAUCUAAUCCAUGGCAUAUUGAAGCUCCGUGCAUAGAUGCUAUCUGUGUGGGUGCAGACCCUGAUAACCCAUUACUUCAAGCGAGCAAGACUCUGCUUCGACGAGUCUUGACAUUUAUGCUCACCCCUGGUGACCUUGAAGCUAUUGCUGAAGCUACCAUGUACACCGUUUCGAUCGGAGCAUUUAGUGCAAAAACUAACACAGUUGAUCAACAGAAAGCACAUGAUAGUGGUUCUGAACCAGAAAGGCUUCUUCCAGGUUCUGUAACGCGAAUAUAUCUUUUGAGAUUGAUAGAAGAGCUUAUUGUCGAUGGUGUGAACGAAAUUAUAGCAAGUGGUGAAAAGAAAAUUGAAGGAGAAACUGGGAAAGAUCCGAUUCCUCCAGCUGCUCAUGCUGGUGGGGUUGCUAAUGUAAAUCAAGCGUAUUUCUCAACUGCUCUACUUGGAGGAAAAAUCAUGGAUGGUGAAAUUCAUCCAAAGCAUCAGCAAGCUCAGAACUUCCUUGCCGCGUUUGGAAGCAUCUUCACACCAGUCUGGUUUGCUGCACUACUGGAAGGAUGCAAUGACGAGGCAACUGCUUCAGCUGUUCUUAGGCUCCUAAUAUUGAUGAUACAGAGCUCUCCCAGUUUUGCUGCUGCAUUUGAUGCCAACGGAGGCUUUGCCCCUUUGGUCAUAAGUAUUCCGAAGUUUUCGACAUGCUCCACUAUCAUCAUUGCUCUUUUGAGUGAGCUUUUACACGUUUCCAUUCUUCACCUUCCUUCCUUUCCAAUUCUCGAUGCUUCUCAAUUAAAUGAAAUUUUCGAGCAAGAAAGCGAAGUGUCUGAAAAAGUUUCCAACAAGUUUGCUGAAUCCGCCACUGAGUCGCUGGAUCCAUCAUGCGGUGUAUUUGCUUUAUUGGCUGAAUGCAUUGGGCGGAAUGUUCAAUUGUCGACUUCUGACAAUGACCUCGGCAAAAAAGCGCGGCAGACGAACAUUGCAAUUCUUGAGCUAUUGAAGCAUCGACACAACUUGUCUUCCGCCUUUCAAUCUUUUUGUACAACUCAGUCAUUUUUACGCCCCCUCAUACAUACGAUGUGUUUGGUUCAUGACGAAAAAUUCCAACGAAUGCAAUCUGAAAGUAAAUCAGUUCAAUCCGCAACCGAUGCAGAAGCACAAAAAGAAUCAAGGCGUGGAUCUUUAAAGGAUGUCCCGUCGGAUGUCUCACCUGUAGAAAGGUUUGUCGGAGGAGACUGCGAGCUUGGCUCGGAUGCAGGAGUUGCGAUGGUGCAUCUUUUACGAAUCAUCAUUGCAAAUGCGGUGGUUGCUGGACCCGUUGCUCCACCGUUAGUAUACUCUCUGUUCUCUUCGUAUCCUGAACACACUAUGGUGGAUCAAGUUGGCGCAUACCAUUUACUAUUGCUUGAUUUGAUCAAAACAACUAUCGAAGAUGCUGUUGACCUAGGCGAAGCUACUGCUUUGUCAGCCUGUACGGGUCUUUGCUCAGUGCUACUAGACAAAAUGAUGAGGGGAUUCUUUACGUCGGAACUAAUUCUUCACACUGUGGCCAUGACUCUUUUUCUUUUAGAUGGUCUAACAUCAUCUUCAUCAAUGGCAUUAACAAAUGUCGGUACAGCAGAACGGGCAAUCAUUACUGCUGAUGCCGCUCACAUAGCGAGGAUGGCCUGCCUCUGCGGAAUCAGGCGAAGCCGCCCAAUGAACGCCGAAGAUAUAGGUGAUUCUGACUUGCAAGAUACAUUGGUGCAGAUGACAGCGAAGAAUAUCGAUGAAUUGAUGAUUGUUCCAAAAAAUACUGGUCUUAGACGGAAUGCUGGUGUGCACUCAGCGCCGUCCACAAACUCUAGUAAAUAUCCGUUGUGGGCAGCGUGCAAUAUCUCAAGAUGUUCUCAAGAGAAUGUUGUAUUGACAUACCCCGAACUGUGCGGAAUGGAAGAGCCUUUGCAACCAUUCAUUAUUGGGUUGAUGGCAGAGGUCGCGUAUCUUUUGAAAGAUGAAAGAGAUGAGAUACGAUUAGCAACUAUCACCAUUGUCGUUAUACUUCUUCAGCACGGACGGGGGAUGCUAUCGAGUCAUCUAAUCAAAGAAGUUCAAAUUGCUGAUAAUCAAGUCGAAACAAUUGAUGUGAUGAAUCGAGGUGGCUUUGGUGCAUUGCUAGUCGCUCAUGAAGUGGCCCAAGCAUCUGGUGCAGCAUCAGCGAACAAGAAUUAUAAACCUUUUUUUGUGUGGUACGAGAAACAUAAAGCCAAAGUCCAGAUUAUAUUUGAUGGUAUCGAAAAAGAGAGUGUCCGGAUAUUCCCUGGACUGACCAUGGGCACGCAUACGGCCGACGAAGCUGUCGAGAUUGAACAAAUGGCAAUUGCAAUGAAAACAACUUCUAACGAUGCAGCUGACCGAACCAUAAUUGGUGGCUUAGAAAGGGCAGAGCUUGCACAACGGUAUAUUGAUAAAACCGCAGAGGGUCACGUCCACUGGAAGCGUCAGGGAUUUGACGAUCUUGCGUCAGGAGCUAUGCACUGGAAAUUCUUACUUCGUCGUUUGAAAGGUUCAUAUUCAAUAUGGGAAGGUGAUACACGUUCAGCAUCAGUUCAAAUUUACAAUCGACACCACCAGCUUUAUACAACACUGAUGGAGAAAAAAUCAGGGAAAUCCGUUGUCAACAAAGACGACGACGAAGAAGGUCGUGAACUUGUGAGGAGAUGGAAACUCGAUUUGAGUGAAGGUUAUGAGCGACAACGUCGCCGGCUUCUUCCAAACUACGAAUUCCACGGUCUGUAUAACAUCGAUGAGUCAUUGGAUGACUUAGAAGAUACAGAUCCAAAUGCGGGGUCUGGGAUCGAUGCUGAAAAGACAAGACGAAGAUACUCUUCCAACAGUCCUGACAAUCAAGGUGAUUUCUUUGCUACAGGAUCGGGUGUAGAGGCUACAACUGAAUUGCUCAAAGAACUCAAUAUCAAAAAAAUUCAUCGUGGUGACGAUUUCGAUGAGGACUAUGACGAUGGUGAAGAGGACACGCAAACGCUGGUAACGGAGGCAACUGGUGGUUCCGCGGAAGAAGGCGCAAACGAAGCGAAUGUCGACGAAGUGAAUGGUGAUAAUGCCAAGGACGAAGAAGGUGAGGAUGACACUGACAACCUGGAUGUAAAAGCGACUCAGGAAGAUCACAACGAGACUGAAAAUGUAGCCUCAAGCUAUGAACUUAUAACUGGCUUGCUUCACGCUGGGGAGUGGCCUGAGCAAUCCUAUAACGUCCGUCGAUGCACUGGUUUAGAAGUGCGGAAAGCUCUGCUUCUUUGGUGUCGAGACUCAAUAUACAUAAUUGAUGGUUUUGAACAAAGUGGAGAAGGACUCGAAGGAAGAAUUGUCAGAGUUGAGAAGGAAGAAUCAUCUUUCAACAUAAAUUUGCGACCGAAGGAUUUUAAGGCAUCUGAUGACGUAUCUGUAUCUGACACAGAAAGCAUUGUCGAAAGUAACGAUGGAGACAAAUCUAGCGAGAGAAUGAAGUCAUCAAAAACUUCCGGUCAGGAAUCUUCAAACAAUAAUGAAGUUGCUUAUCAGCAUCGAAGUCAGAGAAUUUCGUUUUCUGAGCUCCACUCUGUUUUUCGUCGGCGAUACCAGCUGCAACAAAUCGCGCUUGAAUUCUAUGACAUUCAUAACAGUGGAACACUAGUUGCCUUUGCAAACAAUGACGAAAGAGAAGAGGUUUUGUCCAAGAUUCUGGCAGCCCCCCUCCCGAACAGCAUUUUUAGCUCGUUUAUGGGAACAUCUAUUAAUUACCGCAAGUUUAUGAACUCAUGGAAAUCAAAGAUUGUUUCACAGUGGGUGAAUGGAAGGAUGACAAAUUUUGAAUUUCUCAUGUACCUCAACUCAUUUGCAGGAAGAACUUACAACGAUCUAACGCAGUAUCCUGUCUUUCCUUGGGUUAUCGCUGAUUAUGAAAGUGAUGAAAUCGACUUGAAUGAUCCGAAAACUUACCGAGAUUUAUCCAAACCAAUGGGAGCUUUGGGCGAAGAUCGAGCGCGACAAUUUAGAGAUCGAUUCGAGGCACUUCAACAAACUUAUAUCAGCGAAGAUGACCCCCCACCGUUUCACUACGGGACUCAUUACUCUUGUGCUGCAUAUGUACUUUAUUACUUAAUGCGUCUUGAGCCCUUUUCGAGGCUUGCACUGGCGUUACAAGGUGGAAGAUUUGAUGUGGCUGAUCGAUUAUUUCACAAUAUUGGUAGCAGUUGGAAGAGUGCCAGCGAAGAAAACCUACAAGAUGUUAGAGAACUCAUCCCUGAAUUCUUUUAUCUUCCUGAUUUCCUGACUAAUACAAAUCAUUUCGAUUUUGGAGCAACACAAAAGGGGAAGCAUGUUCACAAUGUAACCCUUCCAAAAUGGGCGAAAGGUGAUCCCGAAACAUUUGUCCGAAUCAAUCGUCAAGCAUUAGAGAGUGAACAUGUGAGCAAGCAUUUGCAUUUGUGGAUUGAUUUGAUUUUCGGGUGCAAACAACGUGGCGAACAAGCUGUCAAAUCACUGAACACCUUUGUCCAUGUCACCUACGAAGGAGAGGUGGAUUUAGAAUCUAUGACUGAUGUGGUUCAAAGAGAAUCUACCAUUGCUCAAAUACAAAAUUUUGGCCAAACACCCAGCAGACUCGAACGCAGGUCAUUCCCCCAGAGGAUUAUUUAUUCAGCCCUGAAAGAGAACGAAAAGAAUAUUGAUUAUAAUGCUCUGUCCUAUCUGGCUCCAUUAACGCCCCCCUUCUGUGUGGUUGGAGCGAGUCAUAGGUGUACCGUGAAGCGCUUUUCAUCAGAGCAAUGCAAAUUAGGUGUUUCCAGUCAAAGCGACAAGGCAGUUGGUGACAUGUGCCUAAUCAAGGGGCAGCUAGUUGGCGUUGGGCGAAUGUGCUCCUUGAACAUCGCCGCCAAGACAUUUUACCGCUUCGGUGGUCCUAACAACGGCAUAUGCGUUCAUAAUGCUUCAACGGUAAACCGCAAUCGAGAGGCGAAUAAAUUGUUGACCGUUCACGACGGUCUGCAUAGUGGCGAAGUUAGUGUUGCAAAGGCGUCUUUGAAUGGCCAGUGGCUUGUAACCGGAUCAAUUGACUCUACAGUACGAUUGUGGAAGUAUGAAAAUCCGACUUUGAAGCUGCAAGCAUCAUUGAUUGGUCACGGUGGGUGGAAAAUUACCUGCGUGGACAUUAGCACUGUCUUUGGAACGAUUGUCACAGGUUGCGCUCAAGGUCGUGUUAUAUUAUGGGAUCUUAGAACAUUAACCUUUGUCCGAAGACUCCGGCACGUUUUCAAGGACGAAAGUGGGUCUGGUGAUGGCGGACAGCGAUCGCAUACCAUGAGUUCUACAUCAGUCUCAAUCAACCAAAAGAAUGGCAAUAUUGUGACUCUCGUGGGGCCAUACUUGUCCGUCUUCGACAUCAAUGGAAACUUACGUGGCACCGUCAAUUCGCUCGGAGCAAAACCAAGCUGCGCGAUUGCAACAGAUUGUCCCGAAUGGCAGGAUGAAGGGAUUGUUGUAGUAACGGGUCAUAUCAACGGCGAAGUCCGUUUCUGGAAAUUGAAUCCCAUCACGCGAGAGCUUGUUGUCCACUAUCUUAUGGUCGAUAGAGAACAUGUGACGGAGAUCACAUCGUUGCGUGCUACCGGCAACGAGCGUCAGGAUACUCUAUUAGUUGGAGACAAAUCCGGCAAAAUGUCCAUAUGCAGGACAAUUCAAAUAGAUAAUAUCAGUAGCAAUGAACUCGCGGAAGUCAUUGCCGAUUUGAAGGAGAGACGACGUUUGGCAACUUCCAGCCAAGCAUGAGGAGAAUACCGCUAUUUUUAUAGACUGAAUGCAACGUGAACAAUAAUUCUAGGAAGAUCUUCAUAUGGAUCUGAAACUCCAAUAAAAAACUAUGAUAAAAAAUGCGAAAGCUUUUCACUGGUUGUGAUAGCCAAGACUAAACAAUAUAAGUAGUU